AUGACGAAGACGUCUAUCGCCUGUAUAGACCGUCUGCUACCCACUCUCACGCUCCUGCACCUCGUUGCGCUCGCUAUGGUCGUCGUCGUUGACUGCAGUAGCAGUAGCAGUAGCAGCUCAGAGCCCGCAUGCGACGACUGCUCGAAAGACACGUCGAGCUCGUUGGAAGGCGUGACGGGCCUCUUGAGCUCGGCCAAGGGCAUCCGAGUGGGCAAAGCCAUGCUGGCGGUCGUGGCCGUGCUGGGCGGACUCGUCGUGUGCUUUGCUGGCUACCGCCUGUUCCGUCCGACCGUGUUCGCCAGUGCGUUUAUCCUCGGCGGACUCUUUGUCGCUGGGAUCAUUGACACGGCGUUCGCGAGUCUCGACUGGAUGCCCACGGCGUCGUGGAUUGGCUUUGCGAUUGGCGGCCUCAUUGCUGGCCUUGCCGUGCUCUUCCUCUACAGUGCCAGUAUCUUCCUGGGCGGAGCCGCUGGUGGCGUGAUGCUCGCGUUCACGAUCAAUACGUCCGUGGGGACGAAGAUUAUCCCGAGCAAUCCGGAUAUUUUGCUCGUGAUUUUGGCGGUCUUGCUCGGUAUCCUCGGUGGGGUCCUGGCGCUGAAACUGGAGAAACCGGUUUUGAUCACGACCACUGCGAUUGUCGGGGCGACUGUCUGUGUCUGGGGCGUGGGCUAUUUCGCCGGCGACUACCCGAACGGCGCCGACUUGAAAGAGUUUGGACGGAAGAACGACGACGGCGACUGGGUGUACGACAUGCCGGACGCGUGGUGGGGCUACUUGGGCGCUACGGUCGUGCUCUUUGUGCUGGGGGUGAGCGCACAGGCCACCAAGACAGCUCGGGGCUACGACCAUGGAGGCACGAAGGAGGGCCACGUGCUGACGAAGAACGCGGGACAUGCGGCUGCGUAG